AUUCUUCCGUGGGCGGGACUUCCGGGAGGAGGCUUGUUAUUGUUGUCACUUGGGUUCAGCUGCUCGCAUGUGUCACGGGAUUGAGCGAUGUGAGGUUUCAGUGCAUGGACGUUGCGACACGUAAAAGGAUCAUCCCGUCUUACAACUAGAAGACACCUGCAGUUUUUCCAUUAUGUUGCUGAACAUCCAGGAAGUUACUGCACUGUGGCAAUUUGUCAUCUGCCUUUACCUCCCUACCAGGGCCUUCAGUCUUAAUGGGCAGCAGAGCAUUUUGCUGGUGUCGUUUGAUGGAUUUCGCUGGGAUUAUAUCCACAGGGUGCCAAUGCCACACUUUCAGGCCCUUCUGGCAAAUGGUGUUUAUGUGACACGUGUGGAGAAUGCUUAUAUCACCAAGACUUUCCCCAACCACUAUACUUUAGUUACCGGCCUACAUGCCGAGAGCCAUGGAAUUGUAGCUAAUGAAAUGUAUGAUCCAAGUAUCAAUAAAACGUUUUCCACUGGAAGUUCAGACGUUUAUGAAUCUGUCUGGUGGGAUGAAGCUUUCCCAAUAUGGGUCACAAACCAGAAUGAAGGUCAUCGGAGUGGAGCAGCCAUGUGGCCAGGUUCAGACGUGAAGAUUCACAACGUGCAUCCUUCAUACUACAUGCCUUAUAACAUGUCGGUUCCGUUCACAACGCGGGUUGACCAACUCCUUGGUUGGUUCUCUGGCAAGGAUUACAUCAAUCUUGGGCUGCUGUACUGGGAGGAACCAGAUGAAAUGGGCCACACUUUGGGACCGGAUAGUCCCGACAUGGAUAAAGUUAUCGAAGACAUCGAUUUGAAACUGGGGUACGUAAUGGAGCAGCUACAAAAGGCCAAGCUCAUGGAUAAAGUGAACAUCAUUGUCACCAGCGACCAUGGGAUGGCCCAGUUGUCCCCUGACAGAGUAAUAGUAUUGGAUGACAUUGUAGACCGGGAUUUGUACACACUGGUUGACAAAUCUCCUGUGGCUGCAAUUUUACCAAAACAAGGUAGAUUUGAUGAUGUGUACAACGCCUUGAUAAAUGCAAACCUCAGCAUGACCGUUUACAAGAAGACUGACAUACCAGAGCGUCUUCACUACAAGCACAAUGACAGGAUUCAGCCUAUAAUCCUAGAAGCAAAGGAAGGAUGGACAAUAGUGCAGAACAGAAGUGAGCACCGCAUGUUGGGUAAUCACGGAUAUGACAACACCUUCCCCAGCAUGCAGCCACUGCUUGUUGCUCACGGGCCAGCCUUCAAGAAGAACUACACAAAGCAGUUCAUGAAGUCGGUUGACCUGUACCCAUUGAUGUGCCACAUCCUGGGAAUCAACCCCAAGCCUCACAAUGGCUCGUUGGCUAACGUGCAGGACCUGCUUGCAGAUUCAAAGCCAACUAGCGAGCCACCUCAGCCGGAAGAUUCAUCCUAUGCUCUGCUACUCGGCGCCCUCCUCGGGUGUAUCCUUGUAAUCGCUUUCCUUGCGGUAUUUGUCAAACAAAUAACACGGAGUCAGAUGCCCAGGAUGCCCAUUAGUAACAUUGAGAUAGCACAGCCGCUGCUGCAGGCAUAGCAUUGCAUGGAGUCCUUGCCGGUAUAAAGUCACGUGCACUGAUCCUGGUAAAAUAAUGUGAAAUAAAAGUAGGCUUUGCAAGUAUGGCACAUGCAAGUGAUGGGCAAAAUUUAAAAGGGUUACUAAUCUGGAACUUCUAUGGUAGCCCCAUUCGCAUGUCAGAAGGAGUUUUGCUUUUUUAAAUUCCAUCAAUCUGAGUCUUAUCUACUCAGAUCCUUGUACUUGAGAAAUGUGACAAAUGAGAGGAGCCCACUCAGUCCACCCAGCUCGUUGGCUUAGCUGAUAGCUCAUCUGGAUUCUGCUUAAAGGUUGUCAAAGCUUCUGCUUUAACUCCAUGUCUUGGUAGUUUUAUUCCAGACUCCCAGAACUCUUGAAAGUAGAGCAGUGCUUCCCGGCUUCAGUCCUAAAUGCAUUUUCCUUUAUUUUCCACCAUUGAUUUUCUUGAAGGAAUUUGGCUGGAUCAGCUUUAUUGAAGCCUUGGAGGAUUUUGAAGACCUGGAUUAGGUCCCCAUGUGGUCUCCUCCGCUGCUUUAAUUCUCUGAGCCUGUCACAGUACGUAAUGUCCUGGGAUGCGCCUGGUUGCUCUCCUGUCCUCUGCACAACUUUACGUCCCGCUCUGUGCUUUUUUUUUUUUUGUUGUUGUACUUUGGGUGACCAGGCCUUACCAGUAUGUCAUUUAGUUGAAGCAUACAGCAGUUUUUUACAAUUAUAUAACCAAACAUUUGCUUUGUAAAUGCGAUGAUGCCUUCCUGCCUGGCGUGACUAACAAUUGUAGUGACUUUUUUUUUUUUCUUUCCCAUGGAAACUCCCACAAUCUCAAAUACAGAAUUGCGUGUUCGCCAGCUGGGUGGGGAGUACCCAGAGUGCCCCACUUACAACUUUAAACUUUAAUAGUGGGGAAAAUACAAGUAAAAAAACCAAUUGUGUCCAGAAUACUAACACAAGGGAACAGAAUUGGGUUUUGUGGUGGGAUUGACUGUUCCGCAAAAAUGAGGAGGAAUAGCGUGAGAUUUUUAAAAAGUAA